ACUUUUAAACAGGUAGUUGUUAGAAAACUGAAGGUACUUUGGUAUUUGGGUGAAAGUGCCUCAUUUGCAGUUUCUUUUUCGUUUCUGCCUUUUCCCCAUUUUGCUGGCUUUUAACCAGGUCAAGGCUUUUCAUUUCCUCAGCAUAUAAACACCACAAAGUAUUGCUCACUCAUCAUUGCUCCUGGGGGUUCAAGAGAGAGAAGAAGAGGAGCACGUAAAGGCGAUAGAAAGUCUAGAGAAGACGAUGGCGAUAAGCACUUUGGCGGUUUUGCUUUUGUUCUCUUCCAUUAUGACAUUUGGCAUCUCCCAUAUCGUCCAUUAUACAAGCUCAGGGGGAAUAUGCGGAGAUACAUGUGGAUAUCAUGGCUAUGAUUAUACUUGGUGCAAGCAAAGUGGUGGCAAUGGGAAAGCUUGGGACUACUGUUCCUUAGAAGAGGGCCUGGAAGCUUCUGGCAAAAAUUGUUCCACAUCCUGCGAUUUCUGGGGGAAAUCUUACCGCUUCUGUUACUUAAGUGAUGGCAAUUGGCACUACUGUGGAUUGAUAGGCCAGCUGAAGUUUGUCAGAUAUUCUCAGGACAACAGCAAUUGUAUCAAUGAAUGCCAAAUAACUGAAGGCUCUUUCCAGUGUGUUACACGACAUGGCACUCAACGCUGCUCCCCAUUCCGUGAUGUGACCCCCACAGGUUUGCCCUGCCAUCAUCACUACCGUUGCUCCAGAUACGGACACAGUGAGUCUCGGUGCCUUACAGAUAAUGAUGAAGGCAGAUGGGAUUACUGUGGGCAGAAGAGCCUGGAAGAGUGUGUGUGGACGAAAGACCUCGUCUCCCAGGUAGAGAUCUGCACACUUUCCAACUCCCAAAGGGAAGGCAGGAUCAUCUUCCGCAGAGAGAAGCGGAACAAGAUGCUCCCUCUUUCCAGGGAAGAAUUCAAAAAUGCUGUCCACCUUAUUGAGAAGAUCAACUCAGUCACAAGGCUCCCUGACUCUGGGGAUCUGACAAAUGUGCGUUUCUAUAGGCAAGAAGACGUCUUAUGUAAAAACAUCAGUUAUCACAGGGUGGAACUUCAGAUCAGUGUCUCCAGUGAAACGUCUGUGCCUGUUGCUCAUGUCCUCUACCCAGCGCUCUUGAACUCUGCUGAGAUCUUGCGCUUGGCAUUUUACACCAGCCUUCAUAGCACCUUUUAUCUCCCUGCUUAUACCAUUGCUGUGUCUGUGGAUGAACCGAUGUUAUGUUCCACAGGCAGUUAGCAGAUUAUUUACACACAUGCUAGUGAUUUCUAUUUCAUGUCUAUGUCAUUGAUGCUUUGCUACUUUCCCACAAGUAUCCUUUGCUAAUACCACUGCAUUAAUUUGACAAUUCUCUCACUUCCCACCUUCUUAUUGCAAUAUUCCAGGUGGUUAUAAAGCUUUACAGUGUUUAGGAUAAACCAACAUCCAAUUGCCUUUAAGUAACAAUAAUAUUUUCCAAAAAAUCCUACUAACAUCUAUUGCUGGUGUUCUGGCCACCCUGACCACCACAUUGGGCCCAGAGUUACAAAUCCAAAAUUACGUGAAAUCAAGGCCAGUGUCUGAUUCUACUUAAUUAAGAAAUCAAUUGAUGCCUGAACUCUGAGUGAAAUGAUUAACUCCUAAGAGACAAGUCAAAUUGUCUGGACUUUGCUCUCAGGUAAUGUCUUUGAGAAAGCUGGAAGCAUUUCUGCAUUUCCUCUGGCAGAACGUUUACAAUAGUCAAAUCAGAGCAGAGCUUAGUGUGAUAUGGUCAUUUCUGUAAGGAACAAGCCCAAUUGUUUGUGCUUUUGUUCUCUGGUGAUUUCAAUAUUUACAAUGUUGAAUUAGAUGCAUGGAUUACUAGUCUCACACAUGUAUCCUCUUGCUGCUACUUUGGAAUGUUUUAGAAUUGCAUACUAGGUACUUUUACAAAACAAGAGAUUUAAUUGCUGUCUCACACACAUAGCUUAGGUUCUUCCUGUUUACUUCUUAACACCUUUGAUUUUUAACAUUCUUUGAGACAAGACUGCCAGAAAGUCUGUGGACAGGAGAUGGCCCUCAGCAAUGCAGAUUUGUUUGGGGGAAUGUCAAUAGAACAGAUUCUUCCCAAUAACAGUUAAUCACAACAGAAGAUAUAAUUCCGACUGAUCUGAAUUUCCCGUUGUCAGGAGAUAGGAUCCAGAGGAUAACAGCAAUUGACGCUUUUUGAGAUUCAGGAGGGAUGCUGAUAUCUUGAGAAAACUCUUACAUUGAGAUCAGCGAUUGAACUACUAUAAAAAAGUGAGUUCUCUCGACAGGGCUUCAGUAAACUUUUGCCUAACAAGCAAAGCUGCUCAUUUCUUGAACCUGUUGCUAAACCGUGAGGCAGAAGCAAAGGUUCUUCUUGACAUGGGCAAGAAAUUACUGGUGAUCCUACUGCAGGGCUAGAAAUCAGAGUAAUUUCUACCUACUGUUCAGCAAUAUCCAACAUGGCCUCAUUAGGCCCGCCUGAAACUUCGCCCCCAGCAUCGGACCCAAGCUGCACACACUUGCUGUCCCACAAUCAGACCCGGUAGUAUGCCUCUCUCAAGAACCAGUCUUUGCCUCCAACUUCCCUCCGUCACUAAACCCUGGUGCUCGGCCAAUCCCACUUCCAAGCAAUUCCCUGCCUUCUCUCCUUUCCAGUUUCUCUAUCUCUUGCUAGUUAGAAGUAAUUACUGAGAUGACAUGCAUCUCCACACAUGAUAGUUAGGAAUACUGCUUGGAUAUUACUAGUUUCUUGCUCAGUUAAACUGAUGCCGUGGCUCUGACAAUCUUUUAUACUCAUUAAAGCUCAUUUGUAUGUGC